GCCACGUCAUGACGAGAGUAGCGAUGAUCUAGUGAGGAGAUUUUGGUGGGAAGAUAUUUUCGACGAUUUUCGCGGUUGUGGGCGAAAGCUGGUUGCCAGCGAUAGUGAAUCAGAAUCGUAAGCUCGACAAAGAAGCAAGCAAGGUUAUUAUUCUUUGUGGUUGCGGAACGAAGCAUGCUGUUGCUGUUCGAGAAUGGAUGAGUUGAACGGCGCCAUGACGACGGAGAAUAGCAAUGCGGAGGUGGUUCGAUGGGAGAGGUUUCUGCCGCGGAUGGUGCUCAGAGUGCUGCUUGUAGAAGCUGAUCAUUCCACGCGCCAAAUCAUCGCCGCGCUUCUUCGCAAAUGCAGUUACACAGUUAUUGCGGUUCCAGAUGGAUUAAAGGCAUGGGAAACGUUGAAGAAGAAGGCACCUGAGCUAGAUCUCAUAUUAACAGAAGUGGAGCUACCAGCAAUAUCUGGAUUUGCACUUCUUUCUUUGAUCAUGGAGCAUGACAUUUGUAAAAACAUUCCAGUCAUAAUGAUGUCUUCUCAUGAUUCGGUUAGCAUGGCAUUGAAAUGCAUGUUAAAAGGGGCAGUUGAUUUUCUUAUAAAACCCAUUCGGAAGAAUGAGCUUAGGAACUUGUGGCAACAUGUAUGGAGAAGGCACGCUAUUAGCACUCCUACUCAAAAUACAACCUUUUCACCGAAAAAACUUAAAACUGCCUCAGAAGACAAUUCUGCAAGCAAUAAAUCUAGUGGUUCUGUGGCUUCCUCAAAGAAAAACAACGAAUGCAGCGAGAGAUUAAGUGAGGCUCAAAGCACUUGUACAUCACCAAUUUUCGAAGCUGAGAGUACAUGCGUGGAAAAUAUGCAGGAUGUGCCCCAGUAUGUACAUUGCCAAGUUAUGCAAACUCUUGUGCAGAGCACUUGUACAUCCCCUAUUUUUGAAGCCAAGAGUACAUAUGUGGAAAAUAUGCAGGAUGUGCCCCCGCUGAAAAGUUCUAAACUGAACAAAAUUGAUAUGGUGAAGCACGAAAAGUUUGCCCAAUUUGAAAGGGAAUCAGCUGAGCAUAAUGAUGAAACAGAAGAUAAAUCAGUUACAAUUGUAUCAGAUGCUGCAAGGUGCGACAAAACUUCUGAAUUAACAGAGUUAAGGCCAGAACAAGACUGUGGUGUUGCUGAACCUGAAACUGAAAACGAGGAUGAAAUCUUAAAAUCUGAGUUAGACGGAGACAAUUCUCAUGUUAGUAUGAUGCAAGGAUGCAGUGCUGAGCGGGUGAAACCUUCUAAAGGAGCUAUUGACUUGAUUGCCACAGUUGGAAAUCUUCCAAAGCACCUUGAUGAAAACUGUAGUCUCAAUGGUGGUAAUACAACCAAGUUUGAUUGUGAAACGCAAUUGGAACUUUCCUUAAGAAGUGAUUUUCCUGGCAGCUCAGGUAAUCAAGCAAGUGAAGCAACUGAGGAAUCUCAAAGAUUGAACCAUUCAAAUACUUCUGCCUUUUCUUGGUAUAGUAAUAGUAAAUUGUUGCAGCCUCAUUUUUCAACACCAUCGAUUACAUUUCCUGAAGUAAACAACCUCAGUUGGGAUUCUCAUGAAUCCCAUAAAUUAUCUGGAAUUACUUCUGGAAAUUGUCAGUAUGGUGGCUCAAAUCAGAACCUGGAGAAUAUGAUCGGUACAGUCAUUUGUCAGUAUGGACAAGUUACACCAAAAUUAUCAAACAGUCAAUGUGGACUCUUACCUGUUUCUGGGGUUAUCUCCGACCUUAAGUCUGAGGGACAUGGUAAUGUUUUCACUUCUUUGUUCUAUGCACAAUCUGGUAUUCACCCUAUGUCGAGUCCAAAACCUGUCUGCCAGAAUGAGAGUUCUCCCUUUCCCACAAGUACCUCCACCCAGUCUAAUCCUGAAAGCCACAACUCAGAUCAACUACAUGACUGCUCCAAUGAUUCUACUUGUCUUAAUCAAAAUGUAAAGGAUAAUACUGAUUCAGAUCACGCAAGGCAUGAUUCUCCUGUUGCUGAUCAGAGUGCUGGUAAUAGUUUAUGCCAUGAUGCUGCAAAUCAUGUUAAUAGUAGUGCAUAUGGAAGCAUGGACAGUGGAAAUGAUGGAAUUACUACUUCAGCUAUAGUAUCCAAGAACGCCCCAGAUGGUUUCAGUGAUAGUGGUUGUCAUAAUUAUGAUGGAUUUAGAGUGACAGAUCCUCAUCGCUCCAGUCAAAGAGAAGCAGUGCUAGUGAAGUUUCGACUGAAGCGGAAAGAGAGAUGCUUCGAGAAAAAGGUUCGAUAUCAAAGCCGGAAAAGACUGGCAGAGCAGCGGCCUCGGGUGAAGGGGCAGUUUGUACGUCAACAUGAUCAUCCUGUCGCUGAGGCUGGUGGUGAUUCGUGAACUUUGUUCUUUUUAGGUUUCGUGUAGUAUUAAAUUACAGCUGACUGUAACACUGAUUGUGUCAACAAGGAUUAGCUGUAGGGUGGUGUCUGUGUAUGUGUUGUUGGAAUCUGUUUAUCCAUUAGGCAAAAGAAGAGUAGGCCAGUAGGGAGAUUUAUAUUUGGACUGCCACUUACAAAUUUAGGAUUGCAAUUAUUUAGUGGGUUUGGUUUGGAUUUUACCUGUGUAUAUGUUUUCUUGGUUGAAUACUAAUAUGGGUCUGUAAAAAAUCCCCUCUAGAACCUCUGGUUUUGCAAUUGAGUGAUCUUUCUUUGCAUUCGGCAUUUUA